AUGGACGCGCCGCCGGCAUCAGUAGCUUUUCGUGAAGUGUGGGCGGAGCUGGCGGCGCUGGGCCGGGUCCUGCCGCCGAAGCCCUACGCUCGAGAUGGUCGUUGGGGCUUCUACCUUGAGGGUGGGCAGAGCAAGGAGGCGGCCCUCAAGGCGUGCCCGCGCGCCAAAGCGUUCGACCCCAAGGCAGGCGCCAUGUGGUUCGAGACACAGCAGUCGGCCAACGCCAAGGGCUGGGACUGGAGUGGCGAGACCGAGGUCAGCGUCUUCCAGUUCUGCGCCUCAUCACUCAAAGAGGACUGGUACAAGAGCUGGCCCGACUUCUGGGAGAAGACGGUGGGCAGAGGCAACAACCUGCCCCGACUGAAGGGCAAGCCAGACGCAGUCGUGUUGGUCCAUUCCGGCGGCACCUGCCUCACCCUGGCCCAGAAGGGCACCACCUUCUACAUCGUCUUCUGCAUCAGCACAUAG